UUUUAAAAAAUGGUGAUUUUUCUUUCAGGAAGCCAGUUGAGGGAAAUUCUCCAUGAAUGUACGUCACAAUGAUGAUGACCGACCAGAUUCCUCUGGAACUGCCACCGUUGCUGAACGGAGAGGUAGCCAUGAUGCCUCACUUGGUGAAUGGAGAUGCAGCUCAGCAGGUUAUUCUCGUUCAAGUUAAUCCAGGUGAGACUUUUACAAUAAGAGCGGAGGAUGGAACACUUCAGUGCAUUCAAGGACCUGCUGAAGUUCCCAUGAUGUCACCCAAUGGAUCCAUUCCUCCCAUCCAUGUGCCUCCAGGCUAUAUUUCACAGGUGAUUGAAGAUAAUACCGGCGUCCGCCGGGUGGUGGUCACCCCCCAGUCUCCUGAGUGUUACCCGCCAAGCUACCCCUCGGCCAUGUCUCCAACCCAUCACCUACCCCCCUACCUGACUCACCAUCCGCAUUUUAUUCACAACUCACACACGGCUUACUACCCACCUGUUACUGGACCUGGAGAUAUGCCGCCUCAGUUUUUUCCUCAACAUCAUCUUCCCCCUACUAUAUAUGGCGAGCAAGAAAUUAUACCACUCUAUGGAAUGUCCAGUUACAUCACCCGAGAGGACCAGUACAGCAAGCCUCCGCACAAGAAGCUGAAAGAUCGCCAGAUUGACCGGCAGAAUCGCCUCAACAGCCCCCCUUCUUCUAUCUACAAGAGCAGCUGCACGACCGUGUACAACGGCUACGGGAAGGGCCACGGUGGCGGCGGCGGUGGUGGUGGUGGCGGCGGUGGCGGUGGCGGCGGCGGCGGCAGCGGAGGCGGGCCCGGCGUUAAGAAGGCGGAGCGCAGAGCCAGAAGCAGUCCCAAGUCGAAUGACUCAGACUUGCAAGAGUAUGAGUUGGAAGUAAAGAGGGUGCAAGACAUUCUUUCGGGAAUAGAGAAACCACAGGUUUCUAAUAUUCAGGCAAGAACAGUUGUUUUGUCCUGGGCUCCCCCUGUUGGACUUUCAUGUGGAUCCCACAGUGGUCUUUCCUUCCCCUACAGUUACGAGGUUGCCUUAUCAGACAAAGGACGAGAUGGAAAAUACAAGAUAAUUUACAGUGGAGAAGAAUUAGAAUGUAACCUGAAAGAUCUUAGACCAGCAACCGAUUAUCAUGUGAGGGUAUAUGCUAUGUACAAUUCCGUAAAGGGAUCCUGCUCUGAGCCAGUGAGCUUCACCACCCACAGCUGCGCGCCCGAGUGCCCCUUCCCACCUAAGCUGGCACACAGGAGCAAAAGCUCCCUAACCUUGCAGUGGAAGGCACCAAUUGACAACGGUUCAAAAAUCACCAACUACCUUUUAGAAUGGGAUGAGGGGAAAAGAAACAGUGGCUUCAGACAGUGCUUCUUUGGGAGCCAAAAGCACUGCAAGUUGACAAAGCUUUGUCCGGCAAUGGGGUACACGUUCAGGCUGGCUGCUCGGAAUGACAUUGGCACCAGUGGGUAUAGUCAAGAGGUGGUCUGCUACACGCUGGGAAACAUUCCUCAGAUGCCCUCUGCACCAAGACUUGUUCGCGCUGGAGUCACAUGGGUCACACUGCAGUGGAAUAAACCAGAAGGUUGUUCACCUGAGGAAGUAGUCACCUACACCUUGGAAAUCCAGGAGGACGAAAAUGAUAACCUUUUCCACCCAAAAUACACUGGAGAGGAUUUAACUUGUACUGUGAAAAAUCUCAAAAGAAGCACACAGUAUAAAUUCAGGCUAACUGCUUCUAAUAUGGAAGGGAAAAGCUGCCCAAGUGAAGUUUUGGUUUGUACGACGAGUCCCGACAGGCCUGGACCUCCUACAAGACCCCUCAUUAAAGGACCAGUUACAUCUCAUGGCUUUAGUGUCAAGUGGGAUCCUCCAAAGGACAAUGGUGGUUCAGAAAUACUCAAGUACUUGCUGGAGAUUACUGAUGGAAAUUCUGAAGCGAGUCAGUGGGAAGUGGCAUACAGUGGAUCAGCUACAGAGUACACGUUCACCCACCUGAAACCAGGCACUUUGUACAAACUCCGAGCAUGCUGCAUAAGUACUGGUGGACACAGUCAGUGUUCUGAAAGUCUCCCUGUUCGCACACUAAGCAUUGCACCAGGUCAGUGUCGACCACCGAGGGUUUUGGGUAGACCAAAGCACAAAGAAGUCCACUUAGAGUGGGAUGUUCCUGCCUCAGAAAGUGGCUGUGAGGUCUCGGAGUACAGCGUGGAGAUGACGGAACCCGAAGACGUGGCUUCUGAGGUGUACCACGGGCCGCAGCUCCAGUGCACCGUCGGCAGCCUGCUGCCCGGAACCGUGUAUCGCUUCCGGGUGAGGGCUCUGAACGACGGAGGGUAUGGUCCAUAUUCUGACGUCUCAGAAAUUACCACUGCUGCAGGGCCUCCUGGACAAUGCAAAGCACCUUGUAUCUCUUUUACACCUGAUGGAUGUGUCUUAGUGAGUUGGGAGAGUCCUGAAAGCUCUGGUGCUGACAUUUCAGAGUACAGGUUGGAAUGGGGAGAAGAUGAAGAAUCCUUAGAACUCAUUUAUCAUGGGACAGACACCGGCUUUGAAAUGAGGGAUCUAUUGCCUGCUGCACAGUAUUGCUGUAGACUACAGGCUGUUAAUCAAGCCGGAGCAGGACCGUACAGUGAGCUUGUCCUUUGCCAGACGCCAGCAACGGCCCCUGACCCUGUCUCCACUCUGUGUGUCCUGGAGGAGGAGACCCUCAAUGCCUAUCCUGAUUCGCCUUCUGUGUGCCUUGUACUGAACUGGGAAGAGCCGUGCAAUAAUGGAUCUGAAAUCCUUGCUUACAAGAUCGAUCUUGGAGACACUAGCAUCACCGUGGGCAAUACCACCACCCAUGUUAUAAAAGAUCUCCUUCCAGAAACCACCUACCGGAUCAGAAUUCAGGCCAUAAAUGAAAUUGGAGCUGGGCCGUUCAGUCAAUUCAUUAAAGCAAAAACCCGGCCGUUACCACCCUUGCCUCCUAGGCUCGAGUGUGCUGCUGCUGGGCCUCAGAGCCUGAAGCUGAAAUGGGGAGACAGUAAUGCCAAGACCCAUGCUGCUGAUGACAUGGUGUACACGCUGCAGCUGGAGGACAGAAACAAGAGGUUUAUUUCAAUCUACAGAGGACCCAGCCACACCUACAAGGUCCAGAGACUAACGGAAUUCACAUGCUACUCCUUCAGAAUCCAAGCAGCGAGCGAGGCUGGGGAAGGGCCCUUCUCGGAAACCUACACCUUCUGCACAACCAAGAGCAUCCCCCCGACCAUCAAAGCACCUCGAGUAACACAGUUAGAAGGAAAUUCAUGUGAAAUUUUGUGGGAGACGGUACCACCAAUGAAAGGCGACCCUGUCAGCUACAUCCUGCAGGUAUUGGUUGGAAGAGAAUCUGAGUACAAACAGGUGUACAAGGGAGAAGAAGCCACAUUCCAGAUCUCAGGCCUCCAGACCAACACAGACUACAGGUUCCGUGUGUGUGCGUGCCGGCGCUGUGCGGACACCUCUCAGGAGCUAAGCGGGGCUUUCAGCCCCUCUGCGGCUUUCGCGCUACAGCGAAGCGAGGUCAUGCUUACCGGGGACAUGGGGAGCUUAGAUGAUCCCAAAAUGAAGAGCAUGAUGCCUACUGAUGAACAGUUUGCAGCCCUCAUUGUGGUUGGCUUUGCAACUUUGUCCAUUUUAUUCGCCUUUAUAUUACAGUACUUCUUAAUGAAGUAAGCAAACCCAACAAAACUAGAGGUAUGAAUUUAAUGCUACACAUUUUAAUACACACAUUUAUUCAGAUACUCCCUUUUUUAAGCCCUUUUGUUCUUUGAUUUAUAUACUUGUUUUACAGAUUUAGCUAGGGAAAAAAUAUCAGUGUUUUGGUGCACCUUUUUGAAAUGCAAAACUAGGAAGAGGUUAAACUGGAUUUUUUUUUAAAAGAAAAAGCAAACCAGAUACCAAAAGCUAGCUUACGUUCUCUCUUAAAUUUUCAGAUUUGCCUUUAUUCUAUUUUUUCACUGAUGUCUUUUGCAAGCCUUAGAUUUUUUUUUUCCGUGUUACAGUUUAGUAAUUUAUAUUCACCAGUCACUUCUCACAUCUUGAUCAUCUGUUUCUGUGAACAUGAGUCACAGUGCGUGUAGUUACAGGGCUAGGAUUUCAGUGUUGUCGGAGUCUUACCACACAACCACCGCCACAUCCAGAGAUGUGUUCACUCAGAUAAGGCUGCCCUAAACAACUGUUUUGUCACUCAGUUAAACUUUGUUUAUUAGCUCAUCGAAAUGAAAAUGUGUACUUUAAUCUGAGAUGUUUUAAUAAUCUGUAUUUCUUAUGAUUUUAACACUAUGAGCUGCCUGUCUAAGAAAUCAAGUAACCAAAAUGCACCUAUAAAUUGUGGAGCAUUGUAGAUUUUACCACGUCAAUUCAUAGCAGUAACUUUACGAGGGCAUUGUGCAAUAGUUAGUUUCCUUGUUCAGCUAUUUUAAAAGCUGCUUUAACUUGUUUGUCUUUGUAUAUAACUACUUCUAAUCUAAUCACUAGAGUUAUUAUAUAUUCUGUUAUGUUUGACCAGAAUUAUAUGACGAGAACUGGUGACAGUUUAGUGCCUCUGCCCAUUGUCCAUGAUUUACACUAAUUGUGAGCAGUCUUCUUACAUGUCAGCUCAUUCUUCUUGAAAGAUUUGCCUUUAGGCUGUUCUUUGAGGUAUCAAUGAAGUGAUUGAAUUUCAACACCUUAAUUCAGUGCACAUAAUAUGAAUCUAACAGCAGAUGAAAACUGAUAAAACCCAAAAGAGUCAUCUAAAUUUGUAGUUCCUAUUUCUGGGGUUGACCUGGCCACAUGUGGAGAGGGAAUGGUCUUCGGUGGUAAGCACAGGGUGUUUGGGGGUCAAGGAGCCUAGAUUCUCUCCCUGGAUCUGUCACUAACUUGCUGCGUGACCUGAACACGUCACUUUACCUCUCUGUGCCUCAGUUUUCCCAUGCAUUAAAAAUAAAAUAAAAAAAAACAAAAUGGGGAUUCUAAUGUUUGUAAGUGCUUUGAGAUCCUU